AUGAAUGUCGUUGACGGAGAUACAACAAUGGUCGUCGACUCAACAGAUUCAAACAACAAUGGCAUGACAACAACUACGACCAGUAACAACAACAACAACACAUCUAAUGCCAUGACACAAACGCCAACAGCAAACAUGAAUGCUACAGCUAUUACAUCAACAACAACUACAACAACAAACACAAAUGUGCCUUCAACGACUACUACAGCCAUUACACCUGUGCAACAACCACAUACAAAGGUUAGCGAUAGCUCAUAUCUGCCAAACAUCGAUCCAAAUGCAUUCAAGACAAGCAACAAUAGACUUGGUUUCAAUACAUUCUUUCAACAUAAUAUGAUCAAGAGUCUUAGAUUGUUCAAGCGUGCUGAUAGUUCACAUAAUAGGUCGUCGUCGGCAACAGUGCCUGAUCUAAUAGAUGAUGAUGAUGUGGAUGUCGAUGACGAUGAUGACGACGAUGAUCCAAUACUCUCCAUUGACAACUUUGUACGAAAGCAACAUCGAAGAGGUGCGAGCAAGGAUCACGUGGCGCCUCAAGACCACGAUGACUACGAAGAUGACGAUAUUGAAGAUCUUGACGACGACGAAGACGAUGACGAUGAAGAUAUGGACGACGAAGACGAUGAAGUAUAUGAAGAUGAAGUAUCACACAGUUUAUCAUCAAGUGGUAAUGAUCCAGAUCACUCAAGGUCGUACAGCUUGUUUGGCAGUGACAACAGCCCUCACUUCUUCAAGAAUAUCAUUCAUCCAGUGUCAGAGUUGAACGCUUAUUCAUUGGCCCACAGCGAGCGAUUGAGUAGCAGUGGAGGCUUCUUCCAACAGAGACAUAUCACCUCGCCAAUAAUGGCAGCACCAACAACCUCUGCCACACCUCCCAUCUUUCCCAAGUCCUACGGACCAUUCUCGCCGCCACAGCCAUCACCUCUCUCACAACAGCAGCAACCGGCCACUCCGCCACUCUCUUCAUUCUCAUCACAGUACGACUCCCAAAUGCAGUCGCUGCCAGCCGAGUCGCGCUACUUCAUCAUCACGUACCUCAACCAAGGCUUCUCAUUGGAACAAUGUCUCUACGCUCUCUUGGCCUCCAACCAUGAUCACACUAAGGCGUCACAAUGGCUGCUCAGAUUGAAACAGAACUUCUUCAACAACUGGCACUCAUUCUCUCCAGGCUUCAAUCAGGCGGACAUGUCAGCUGGCGGCUAUGCUCCAGCUUCCAACUCGCCUCCAUUAAUGACUGGUGCUGGCAAUGAGCACCUGUCACCGCCCCAGCAGCAGCAGCAACCAUCAUUUCCCGCAACAAUGCCACCAUCAUUCACCGCACAUGGAUAUGAAGAGUUGAUGAAUGUCACUGGUGGUGCAUCGACGUCACCGCCUUACCACAUCAAUCAAUCACAACAACAACAGACAUCACCGCCACCACCACAACCUCAGCAGCAACAACCAUCGCCUCAACCAAGGCAACAGAGUGGUUCUAGUAGUACCAAGACUGCAAAGACCAAGCAAUCACAUACUAUGCUGACCACGACAACUACAACCACAACGACAUUGACAAUGGCAGAGUCUGAUAGUCAAAUCAAGGAAGCAAACAGACUGUACACACUUGGUAUCCAACAUUUGAAGCAGAAGGACUAUGAGAAGGCACUGAACUGCUUUGACAAGUCUUAUGAGACCAACCCGACGACACAAUCAAAGAACAAGGUGUUUGAAUUAGCCAAUCUUAUUAUUAAGAAUAAGGCCACUAGUGAGCAGACGUCUGGAACGACCUCCCAGCAGAACCAGGCGAUGUUACAAUAUCAAGAAUCAAAGUUGAAGCUUGAAAGCAGUGAUGCAGUGGCCGCAGCCACAGCAGCAUUGGAGGCCAAGGAGAAACAACAACAAGCAUCCCUUGCUCAACAACAACUGCAACAGCAGCAACUACAGAAGCAGCAACAGCAACAGCUACAGCAACAACAGCAGCAGCAACAACAGGCUAAUGCAAAGGAGCCAAAGAAGACAACAAAGUCAUCAUCACGUGAGGACAAGGUGGCCCAGGUCAAGGCACCAGAGCCAGAGGAAGUGGAGGACACAUUGGGCGAUGGUGAACCACUGUCUCAGCAGCAGAAGAUUGCCAAUGAGGAGGCCAAGGAGAGGAGGUUGGCCAAGGCAAAGAGGAAGGAGGAGAAGUUCAGAGAGAAGGAGGAGCGACGUCAGCGCGAGUUUAUGGAGCAGAGGCUCAAGCAGGAGGAGAAUGAACGCGAGUUGCUCAGGAGGAUUGAGUUGGAGCAGAUCGAAAAGGAGCAGCGAGAGAAGGAGGAACGCGAGUCCAGACGCCAGGCAGAGAUCGAGCGAUUGGAGCGAGAGAAACGCAUGGAGAUUGAGCGAUUGGAGAAUGAGCGUGAGAUGGAACAACGUUUACUUCUGGAGAAGAAACAGAAGGAGGACAAAGAGAAGCGUGAGAUUGAGAAGAGGCGCCAGAUCAGAGAGAAGCGAAAGGAGGAGCAACUGCGACUUCAAAAUGAAAUUGAGAAGCAGCGAAUGGAGCGCGAGAAAGAGAGAGAGCGCGAGCUCGAGAGGGAGCGUGAGCAGAGACAAAAGUCCAAGCCAAAGAGAACAAAGCAACAAAAGUCACAAUCUGGUGAGAACAAGAAUGAUGACCUUGAUGAAAUACCCGACUUGAUAUCAGAUGAUGACGAUGAUAUUCAAGCAGUAACAGCCAAAAUCAUCAGUGUAGUGGAGAAGGCUGCUGCCAGUGGCAAGGGCACACAGAGCAUUGUCCCUCCACCACAGGUAUUGGCAAGCACUGGCAACAACGAUCAGAAGAGCACAAAGAGUGAAAGACAGAUGAAGACAUCAAGGGAAAGAGGUGGAGUAACUGGAUCUAUGUCACCAUCUAAUGUGCCAAUGGCUGUAAUGAGUAAUGCCACUGCCGCCACAACAACAACAACCACGACUACGACAACAAAGAAGAAGUCUAGGUCAAAGGAUCGUCCAGACCUAUUCGACGAGAUACCCGAUCUGAUCAACGAUGACAUUGAGUACAGCAUCAGACCAAGGAAAGCAUUGUUGACCAGACAUCCCGUCACCAAUCCACAACAAAACAAUCCAUGGAGUGGCAUCAUCAGUGUGAUCUGGUGGGUGAUCAAGAUGUUCACUCUUCCACUCAUGAGCAUCCUAGUCAAGAUAUUCUUUGGAUUCAACUAUAAGUACUGCAAGUGUUGUGAUUCAUUCCAUGAUAUGACACCUGUACCAGGAUUCGUUUGGGGAGAGGGCAACAGAGUCUACUUCCUUGGACAUGAUCUAAAGAGAGAGGAUGUAUCGUCAUACGUAGACAUUGAGAAUCUUCGAGAGUUUGACAACAACCAACAGACAAAGAAGAAACAACAAUAA